AUGGCAACGCCCAAUGAGAGUAGAAAUGCCUUUGAGGAGGUUGUGCCGCCAUCUGCAUCUGCAUCAUCUUCAAAUCCAGCGAAGAAAGGAAAAAGGGUGCCAUUCGAUGUGUUCAUAAACCAUCGUGGACCUGACACCAAGCACACGCUGGCCGCCUCCAUCUACGAUACCCUGAAAUCCAUGGGACUUGAAGUUUUCUUGGAUGAACCAGAGCUUGAACUGGGCGAUUUCAUACCAUUUGAGAUACAAGAGGCCAUGACUACUUCUUUCCUUCAUAUUGCCAUACUUUCGCCCAAAUAUGCAGAAUCUCCUUGGUGCUUGGCCGAAUUGUCAUUUAUGCUCAAAACUGGCAGGCCAGUUAUUCCUGUCUUCUACAAAGUUGAUCCCGGUGAUAUCCGCUGGACUGCCAAAGGAAAAGGAGUCUACACUCAAGCAUUUUCCAAACAUAAGGAAAAUGGCAGAUACAGUUUAGAAAAACUAGAGGAUUGGAAAGUGGCGCUGCAAAACGUUACAUUUCUUACUGGCCAUAUUGUCAAGGAGAAUGAGUAA